CAUGAGGAAAGAGAGAUUUCCAACACAAAGGCGUUCUAAAUUGCUGCCUCGCGGAGAUGGUCCAUUUCAAGUACUUGAACGGAUCAAUGACAAUGCCUACAAACUCGAUUUGCCAGGUGAAUAUAAUGUUAGUGCUACAUUUAAUGUUUCUGAUUUAAGUCCAUUUGAUACAGGUGAAGAUUUGAGGACAAAUCCUUCUAAAGAAGGGGGGAAUGAUGAGGACAUCAAGGACCAAGUAUCAAGUCCAAUUCCAGUGGGUCCAGUGACUAGGGCACGAGCUAAGAGAUUCAAGGAAGAGCUUAACAGCCUAGUACACAAAGUCUUAAAUCAAGAAGAGACCGUGGUCAACACGGAAGGAGAACAAAGAUUGGUCAUACUCAUCAAAGUGGACUGAAUUUUGAAGCUUCAUUAUAUGUGUCACGUUUUAUUUAUCUUUAUGUGUCACAUUUCAUUAUAUGUGUCACGUUUUAUUUAAUUUUAUGUGUCAAGUUCUUUUGUGUGGAAGUUACAAGAGUGGAGUCAAAAGGUCUUCAUUAUGGAGCUUUCAUUAUGAAGACCAAGAGUCUUAUUUAGUAUGCUUUUAUUGGAAAGACCAAAGGUCUUAGGUGUGUUAAUG